UACAUUUUGAACAGGUUCUUCUUAAUAAAGGAAUCUAUUUCUGUUCCCAAAUGAGAUUUUUUAAUUUUAUUAAAAAAACCUAUUUUAGUGUGUACACAAGUAAAGAGAGUAAUUGUAAAUCCAACAAACAAGCACUGAGGUUAUAGGAAAUAUAGAUAUACAGCACCAGUUCUUACUUACUUGUAAAUACGACAACAUGGUUUUAAAAAUAUUCCUAGAAAUCUAAUUCGAUUUCAAAAACAAGGCCUAUUUCAAACGAAUCUAUUAUUACCCACCGCCUACACACUAAACAAAAACUCGAUCCACCCAUCAACCAUCAGACCAACAGCUCAAUUUAGCAGGCACUGGCAUCCAGUAACAAAUGUCCGUUUUCAAAUUUCCACUGGCAACGCUUUUAUGCCCCCCCCCCCUCCGCACAGUGUACCUCUUUCGAGGAAAUGGUUUUAAUUGGAAAAUCGACAAAUCGCUACUUUACACAACGCUGUAUAACAAAAAUGAACCAAAUAAUUCGAAACCAGCAGAAAAAAGGCAAACACAAUCAUUCAUUUUGAAUUCAAUCAUGCAAUAUGAUACCUUUCACGUUGCCACAAGGCAAACGUACAGUAGCGAACCCGCCUUACGCUCUUACCAUAGAAAAAGGGCAAAUUAAAUCGCAUUCAUUUCCCGCUUCAUCAACGGACAACGGUGCGUGUAGGCGUUCGAUCGGUGCAGUCAUUUUCCGUCCUUUCAUUCAAACAAAAACGUAUGCCUCUCCAUUGCGCUGGUUACCAACUCAUUCAUCCCUCGAAUCCGUAACCAUCGAAAGCUUCAAAUUCAACCGACAGCAAGCCGUCACGCCCGUUGGCUUCUUAAUCAGAUAAACUUUGACCCGGGAUUUCAAUCGGUCGAUGCCAGUGUGUGUGUGUGUAUUUCUCUCUCUCUCUCUCUCUCUCUCUCUCUCUCACACACACACACACACACUUUCUCUUCCUUUAACGUCAGUCAAACGCCAUUUUUAUGUCGAUUAGCAAUCGAAGUGUGAUGUUUAUUCAAUCUCUGGCGCAAAAGUUAACGAACCGUUUGACGCCCAUCACUGCCACCGGUUACAGAACGCCAGGCCUUAAUAAAAGAUGUAGCUAAAAUUUAGCACAAAAAAGGGGAGAAGAAACGAAGCGCUCUCAUUUGAAGGACGGCAGGCAAAAUGCAAACAGGAACUCGUAAACAAAAUCUCCACCCAGUCCCGGACACGAGCCUGAGAUUCGUUUCCCAAAAUUUAAUUUCAAAGCAAAAAAAAAGCUGUGAGACGAAAAUAAAAUUUAAUACAAUUUUAUAACGCACCACAGCUCUGGAUGAACUGCUGCCGAAAGCUCCCACAGCAAUGUUAAGUUACUUCAUUUCGAACAAAUUUCACAUCUUUCCACUAAGUCCGUUUCCUAGAAUUCAAGUGUUGAAGGAAAGAAGCAAAUAGUCACAUCAUUACAACGAACACGGACUCAGUCUGACCUAAGACCCAUCGGAAGUGGGCUCAGUGUGAAAAGCUUCAUCUAAAAACACCACUUGGCAAAUGGAACUGCGUGGAAGCAGACGACGUAAUGGGGAAAAAUCACUUUAUUCGAUAAUGGCAAUGGGAUGGGAGGUGAACACAAAAUACACAUCCCUACUCCCACUGUAAGGGAAACGCUAUCACCAUGGAGAUGGAUGGAGCAGCCCGGAGACAGGCCCGUCACGAAUGAUCACAAUUGCGUGAAUUGCGUCUGCUGAGUCACUGAUAAGGAGCGCCAGCUGCAAACGUUUGAUGCUGUGUGUGUUCGCAUAUUCCAUCCGCACAGCGGAACGUGGUCUCUUUUGCUGGGUGGUCAAGAGGAGUGUUUUAAAAUUGGACUUAAUAUAGAGAAAAAGAAGAAAAAAAUCAUACACGUGCUUCUGCAAAAAAAAGAUCCUAGCAACAACAAAACGACAAAUGUUCGGGACAAAACUUUUCCCAAGGUGAUUUUACUAACGAACACAGACCCACAGGUGGGCAACAUCAAAUGAAUGUCAUUUUUAUUUUCAAUAAAUAAUAUUUUCUCCCGAAACUUUGCUGUAUGUAUGGUGCUUUUCAUCUUGUCGCGCUAGAUCGCAAACGAACUGAGCUAAAUGAGCAGUUGAACAUUAAAUGUACCAUAUCGUGCACAAAGUUAAUUUAAUUGUACACCCUAACUGUCCUGAUGAAGUGGCAAAGCUCAUUUACUUUCCUUUUUUCAUAACGAAGUUUUACGAUUGUUCUUCUCUUCGUUACUUUUCGUUUCGUUUAAGUAAUGUGGCCAGUAUCUGUCCCAAAACUCCCAUAGUCCUCCAACACCCUUUCCGUUUUCCCAAACUCAAUUGCCUUACCCCAUCUUUUCUGCUGCAGUACAAAGCACGCACUGGCAAACACCUCAGCAUCAGUGCAUUUCCCUUUUUCAGUAUCAAUUCACACGCCACAGGCUGUGGAACCAGAUGUUCUGUCCCGCAGCAGCUUUCCAGAUUUGUUUUUUCUUCUCAACAAGUGGUUCUCGCACAUUUCGAACAGCGUAAAAUUAUUCAUUCAACAAGGAUUUCACGUGUAGUGCAAACCAUGCCGUAAGGCACGGUCCGUCCGAAACGGAUGGAAACUGUACAACAAUUUUAUCUACCACCUCCCCAGCUUACUUUUCCAAACAAGUGCAUUCUCAAUUAGAGCUCGAAAAAUUAAUCCAAUCCAACCAGCUUGGUUGUAUGGCUGAGUACCAGCGAAAAUGUAAAGUGAAACACCAGCAGGCAACAAACAAAGUGAAAGGAAAUUUGUUGGAAAAUUUGCAUCGAAAAUCACUCGUGGUGGUGGAGCGCAAUUGGUUCGAUUGAAGUGGUUCGGAGCGGAGCCACGUGAAGGACUUGUGCCGUACAACAAUGAGCAAAAAGUGAAGUGAUUUCUCAGUGUGGAAUUAAUACGAUUUUCCCACAGCGAAGGAAAGUGAACAUAGACACACAUACGCAGCCUACACACAUACGUAGCAUCGAAUACACUAGCUCCCAAAUUCGUUACAGCAACUAAAAUAGUCAAAUUUUUUUGUGUUGUGGCGCGGUUUCACCUUUCCACACCGGUUCCAACCAUGGAUGAAGUGCAUGAAAAGAUGAAGAAUUUUUUAAUUAAUUCCGACUCGAGUGGCAUCGAGUUGGGCGAGUUUCUAACGAAGCGGUUCCCCACAUCCGCCGCAACCUAUCUCGCCCUGCUUCCUCCCGGCAGCGCCCACUGCAUACGCCAACGUUUGACCAACCCAUGGAAAAUGGUACCGACGGUAGUGCUGUUGGUGCUUGCGCUACUUCUCCUGGGCGGACGACGGUGGCCACUGCAGCUGGCAACGUUGUUUGCAAAUGAAGAUUGCAUUCUUACCAUGCCGGCACAGCUGCAGAAAGCUUUUCGACCCCCGGAGAGCUGUGACUUCUGUCGAGCGGUUCGCGGAACUGUUCCACGGCUGUCGAACGUCAGUCCGGCGGAGUUCGCCCGUGACUACGCAUACCGCGGUGGACCAGUGAUUGUGACCGAUGCAACCGUUAACUGGACCGCAGUGGAGAGUUUCGACUUUUGGUUCUUCAAACGUGUCUAUGAAACGCAUGGCAGUGGGCCGAGAGCGGAACGCUGUCAGUUCUUCCCAUACCAGACCGGAUUUCGCGACAUACGAGAAGCGUUUUCAUUGCCCGAAUCACGCGUCCGAUAUGACCCGGGAACUGUGCCGUGGUACUUUGGAUGGAGCAAUUGUGAUCCAGCGAUCGUGAAUGUGCUGCGCAAGCAUUACCAGCGUCCCUACUUUCUGCCAGCUGACUCGGAGAACAGUGCCAUCGAUUGGGUGUUUAUGGGUGGGCCUGGUCUUGGGGCACACAUGCACGUGGACAAUGUGCGACUUCCUUCGUGGCAGUCGCAGCUAAAAGGAGCCAAAGAAUGGAUACUGGCACCUCCACCCGAAUGUUUGUAUCAGUGCGAAUUCCUCUCGGUCGUGGUACAAACUGGAGAAACAAUUGUGCUGGAUACCAACAAAUGGUACCACAAAACAAAUGUACUCCCCGGUCCCAUCAGCAUCACAGUGGGAGCUGAAUACGAUUAAAACCCCUAUUCGU